AUGCAGCAGAGUGCUAUGGCGCUGCCGCCGCCCGCCCCCGGCUACCUGGCGCCGCCCACCUGGCCCGUGGCGCUGGACUGGACGGAGGAGGAGCAGCGGGCGCUGGAGGCGGGGGUGCAGCGCUACCCGCCCGACCGCUUUGACAUGGUGCAGCGCUAUGUCAAGAUAGCGGCCAUGCUGCCGCGCAAGAGCGUGCGCGACGUGGCGCUGCGCGUGCGCUGGACCGUCAACCAGCAGCUGCUCAAGAAGCGCAAGCCUGGGGAGGCGCUGAUGCCGAUGGCGCCGGGCGCCAAGAAGGCCGCCGUGCCCGGCGGGAUGCUGCCGCCCAAGGCGCCCACGCUGCCGCCCGUGCCCAUGAUGCCGGGCAUGUCGGCGCUGCCGCCCGCCGCCGCCGCCAUCCCGCCCGAGUCCCCCACCCACGCCGUGAUUGGGGGGCCCAUCGCGCAGCUGCUGGAAGCCAACUUCUCCAUACUCAACGAGUUCCGCGCCAACAUGUCUGAGUUCAAGGUGGGGGAGAACACGGAGCUACUGGUGGCGUUCCGCGACAACAUCCUGGCCAUCAUCAACGCGAUGGAGGGGAUGGGGGGGGUCAUGGCGCAGAUGCCGCAGCUGCCCGUCAGGCUGAACGUGGACCUCGCCAACAACUUCCUGCCGGCCCGCCCCGCCAGCCUGCCGCGCCACAACCUGGCCAUGCCGCCGCCGCAGCCCGCGCUGAACGCGCCCGGCAUGGUGCCGCUGACAGAGGACUGCGCGGGGCCGGGGGCGGGGGCGGUGCCGCCGCCGCCGCCGCCACCCGCGCCCGGCGGCGUCCCCGGCGGCGGCGGCGUCCCCGGCGGCGGCCCGCUGGGCCCGCUGCCGGGCGGCGGCGGCAUGCCCUUCAUGGGCGGCAGCUUUGGCGGCGCGCCCACGCUCAUACGGCAAGAGCAGCCGGUGAUUGUGAAGAAGCAGGAGGGGUGA